AUGGAGUUAGGAGCUUACCACAGCAUGGUAAUGAGCAAUUUGAUGCUUGUGCUAACAGUGGUCAUGGUCUCUGCUACUUACCUCUUGAUGAGGAGGAUGAGAGGCAAGAAGAGGCUGCCACCUGGGCCAGGCUUGGCUCUCCCGCUAGUGGGCCAUCUCCACCUGCUUCGUGAGAAGCCGCUCCAUGUCACGCUCGCCGGCCUCGCCACGCGCCACGGCCCCCUCCUCUCCCUCUGCCUUGGCCGCCGCGAUGCCGUCGUCGUCACCUCGCUGCGGCUGGCCAAGGAGUGCUUCUCCUCCGAGCUUGACGUCAACUUCGCCAACCGCCCGCGGUUCCUCUCGGCGCGGGAGGUCUCGUUCGGCUACACGGGGCUGUCAGCCGCGAGCUACGGCCCGCACUGGCGCGCCAUGCGCCGCAUCGCCACCUUGCACCUCCUCUCGGCGCGCCGCGUCGACCUCAUGUCCGACGCCGCCAUCGCCGGCGAGACCCGCGCCAUGGUGCGACGCCUUGCGCGCGCUGCCGCCGGUGGCGUUGCCAGGGUCGAGCUGAAGCGGAAUCUGUUCGAGCUCUCGCAUGGCGUCCUCAUGCAGGCCAUCGCGGGAGCCAAGGGCAAGCGCGGUGCCGGCUCCGACGCCGACAUGUCCGAGGAGGCACACGAGUUCAAGAAAGUGGUGGACGAGAUCGUGCCGCUGCUCGGCAUGGCGAACCUGCACGACCACCUGCCGGCACCGCUGCGAUGGCUGGACUUGGGUGGCGUGCGCCGUAGGCUCACCGAGCUGGUGAACCGGAGGAACGCGCUGAUGCACGGUCUGAUCGACGCAGAGAGGCAACGGCGGCGGCAGGAGGACCACGCUGCCGACGAGGAGGAGCUGCUGCCGGAGUCGAAGAGCAUGAUCGGCGUGAUGCUCCAGCUGCAGGAGUCCGAUCCGCAGCAGUACACGGACACUUUCAUCGCCGCUCUAGUCACCAACCUCUUCGGCGGCGGCACGGUGACCACGUCGGCGACCAUGGAAUGGGCCAUGUCGCUGCUGCUCAACCAGCCGGACGCGCUGCGGAAGGCGCGAGAGGAGGUGAGCGCGCGUGUCGGCCACGCCCGCCUCCUCGGCAAGGAGGACCUCCCCCACCUCCCUUACCUCCGGUGCAUAAUCAGCGAGACCCUGCGGCUCUACCCCGCCGCGCCACUGCUGUCGCCGCACGAGUCCUCCGCCGACUGCAGCCUCCAUGGCUACCACCUCCCGGCGGGCACCAUGCUGCUCGUCAACGCCUACGCCAUCCACCGGGACCCGUCCGUGUGGGACGACCCAGAGGAGUUCAGGCCAGAGAGGUUCGACGUCAAUGGCGACGGCCAGGGCCAUGAGGGGAUGAUGAUGCUGCCGUUCGGGAUGGGGCGACGGCGGUGCCCCGGGGAGAGCCUUGCGCUGAGAACCAUGGGGCUGGUGCUGGGGACCUUGAUCCAGUGCUUCGACUGGAGCAGGGUGGCCGGAGACGAGGUUGACAUGACGCAGGCCUCUGCCAAGAUCCUGUAUAAAGCUGUUCCUUUGGUAGCGCUCUGCAAACCACAUGACAGCAUGCGGGCUAUGCUUCAAUCAGGAUCUAGCUAG